AAAAAAAACAAUAAUGGAGAUAUGGUUACUCAUCAUCGUUUCUCUCUGCGUAUCUCUUGUUCUCAAUCUCCUCCUCUUACGCCUACGUAACUCAUUCUCUCAUCCACUCCCACCUGACCCCAACUUCUUCCCCUUCAUCGGAACCAUCUGGUGGCUCCGCAAAGGCCUAGGCGGUCUCACCACCUACCUCCACUCCGUCCACCACCGUCUCGGCCCCAUCAUCACCCUCCGCAUCGCCUCCAGUCCUUCCAUCUUCGUCGCCAAUCGCUCCCUCGCUCACCAAGCUCUCGUCCAAAACGGCGCCGUUUUCGCCGACCGUCCGCCCGCGCCUCCAGUCAGCAGAAUCGACUCCAGCAACCAGCACAACAUCAGCUCGGGAGGUUACGGAGCCACGUGGCGUAUCCUCAGGCGUAACUUGAAAUCCGAGAUUCUCCAUCCUUCACGUGUGAGAUCUUACUCCCACGCUCGUCGCUGGGUGCUCGAUAUCCUCUUUGAUCAGUUUCGCAAACAUGGAAGCGAGAAAGAUGAACCGAUCGUUGUUGUUGAUCAUCUUCACUACGCGAUGUUCGCGCUUCUGGUGCUUAUGUGUUUUGGAGAUAAGCUUGAUGAGAAGCAGAUCAAGGAGGUGGAGUUUGUUCAGAGGAGGCAGUUACUUAGCCUCUCGAGGUUUAAUAUCCUUAACCUCUGGCCUAAGGUAACGAAACUGAUUUUCAGGAGUCGUUGGGAAGAGUUUCAUCAGAUGCGUAGGGAGCAGCGAGACGUUUUGCUUCCUCUGAUUCGCGCUCGGAGAAAGAUCGUUGAAGAGAGGGAGAAGAGAUCUUCAGAGGAAGAAAACUACGUGCAAUCGUAUGUUGAUACGUUACUCGCUCUCGAGCUUCCGGAUGAGAAGAGGAAGCUGAACGAAGACGAAAUCGUGAGCUUAUGCUCGGAGUUUCUCAGCGCCGGGACGGAUACAACCGCCACCGCGUUGCAAUGGAUCAUGGCGAAUUUGGUGAAGAAUCCGGAGAUUCAAAAGAGGCUAUACGAAGAGAUCAAAAGCGUGGUGGGAGAAGAAGAAGGGAAAGAGAUUGAGGAAGAAGAUGCACGCAAGAUGCCUUAUCUGAAGGCAGUGGUGUUGGAAGGUCUCCGGAGGCAUCCUCCGGGACAUUUCCUCGUCCCGCACAGUGUCACAGAGGACACUGUGCUGGGAGGGUACAAGGUACCGAAGAGAGGGACGGUUAACUUCAUGGUGGCGGAGAUAGGGAGAGAUCCUGAGGUUUGGGAUGAGCCAAUGGCGUUUAAACCGGAGAGGUUCAUGGGAGAAGCAGAGCCGGUGGAUAUAACGGGGAGUCGAGGGAUUAAGAUGAUGCCGUUUGGAGCGGGGAGGAGGAUCUGUCCGGGGAUAGGGCUGGCGAUGCUGCACUUGGAGUAUUAUGUGGCGAAUAUGGUGAAGGAGUUUGAGUGGAAAGAAGUGGAAGGUUGUGAAGUUGACUUGACGGAGAAGGUGGAGUUCACUGUCGUUAUGAAACAUCCGCUUAAGGCUCGUGCUGUGCCCAGGAGAACUUAG